AUGAACAUCACAGAAUCUAGCAAGAAGCUUUUGAAUGACUCGAACGUAUAUGAAGCCGCUAAUGGGGAGUACCAUGAGCUGAGAUUGAUCAAUCGAAGGUAUAUAGUGGAGAAUAAAACAGCACACAAACUAAUCCCCAAACGAAAUGGUCUCAAGGUAGUCAUCGACAAGGAUGCUGAUGACCUCGACAAGGUAUUCAAAGCGAAAGGAAGGACAAUCCCGCCGGAUGAAGUUUUAGACAUGAUGAAGCCUGGAAAGUUGAAUAUACCAUUUGCUGAUCCUGAAGGUGCAAAGGGGGAGAAAUUACUACCGCCCUCAGAAUUACUCAAAUGUAUUCACUACUUUGUAGCACGAAAGUAUACCAAAGACAUGAAACGACAAUCAGACGUGCAUAAGUACUUGGAAUGUAUGGAUGAAACGGCGUUACUAAGUAUGGGAAUGAUGCUUGAAAGUUGGGUGGAUGAACUAGUCACGGAAGGUUUUUGCAAGAUGUUGUUGCAAAGAGGUGACGUAGGUGAUGACAAAAGCCUGGGAAAUGAAGAGGACGAUGAUAGUUCUGCGGAGUCUGUAAUAGAGUCCGACUAG